GACUUCCUCUCGAUAAAGUUAACAUCACCUGCACCACCGACUUGCUGCAACACCGCUCUCGCUUCGUUGGCCUGUUCUCCUUGCUGUGGCUGGCCCCUGAACGCGACUCCCUAAGCAUUUUUGACGGCAUAGCAUAAGGAUGGAUUUGCUAAAGCAGGGGUCUUUUAGAAAGGGCUCGGCGGGCUCAGUAACCGCCACUGGCGCUGUGGCGCUGGGCUGUGGGCGCGUGGCUGGCGGGAGACCACGCGUCCACAACCCGCUGCUCGGAUGCAACAGCGCUCUACAUAUGCCAACGCUCAUGAGCUGUGCGUCUCAGCAGCUGCACAGUACGAUGCGGGCAGCGCUGCUAGCAGCCUCCGGCGACGCAGGGCGGACGGGUGAAGUGGAGCAGCUACACAGACACACCGCCGUGCCAUGCGAAACCUCACGGAUGCUCAACCCCCAGGCCGCGUCCCGACGCGGGCUGUUGCUCGGCUCAGCCACCAUCGCGGCAGCGGCCCUCACACCGUGGUUGGGCCUGGACACUGGGGACGCGCAGGCGGCGGCUGCGGCAGGUGCGCUGCUGCACUCGCGGCGCUCGGACGUGCCCUGCUCCCUGACCAUCCGCAACCGCAGCGCGAUGGUCGUGGAGGCGCGAUGGGUGAACUACGACGGUGAUGAAGAGCCGUACGCCACCAUCCCGCCCGGCCAUGAGUGGACCGUUGACACGUUUGAGACGCACCCCUGGCGCUUCCGUGACGCGCGCACCGGCGGUCUGGUGGUGGAGUACGUGGCGGCCCGCGGCCCGCGGCUGCUGCAGCUGACGGACACAGGGGCGGCGGAGGCGGAGCCGGCCGGGUCCAGCGCACAGGGUCGCGGAGCGCGGCAGUCGCAGGCCUCGGACUCACCAGCCACACGGACGGGGUCGGGGUCGCCACACGCAAUGGAUGACGUGUAUGCAGAUGAGGACGGCAGCAGCGAGGGCGCGGUGACGGCGCUGCAGCCCGAGCCGCCGGCCACAGGUCUGGCGGGCGGCUUCGACGGCCUGGGUCACCUGCAAGCCGAGUACACACUGGCCACAUUGCUGUCGGUGGGCAUCCUGACGCGUGAGGAACAGGCGCUGCUGGUGCUGGGGCUGGAAGCCUACCCGCACCCACUCACGCUGCUGGUGGGGCUGCUCGAGGCGGGGAGCGUGAUCGACGCGGCCGGCGGCAGCCGCGGCCGGCGGCCCUCCAUGCUGGCCACGUGGGCCAACACACUGCAGGCCCUGGGUGGCAAGGUGGAGCGAGUCGUCAUCACGCGUCAGGUUGGCGGGAUAUUCUACGCACGCAUUGUGCUGAGUCAGCCGGAGCAGCCGCAGCAAUCACAGCCGCGCGGCCUUGGGCGCCCCGGCGCCGGCAGCGCCAGCAGCACGGGCGGCCGACGCAUCGUGUCAGUGGACGCACGGCCGUCGGACGCUCUGUCGUUGGCCUUGGAAGCCGGCGUGGACGUGUUCGUGUCACGACCUGUCGCGCAGCUGGUGCAGCGGCAGUAUGAGGACGCGGAGCGCGAGCUGCCGGACCUGCUGCUGCCGCCACCAGAGGGCGGGCCGCCGGGCCUGGGGCUGGAUGAGGCGGGCCAGUACGCGGCCGGGCGGCAGCUACGGUCGGGUGCGGGGCAGUUGGCGGGAGAGGCGAUGUCCGCGUAAGGAGGCUAUGUGCGUGCGAGGUGGGGCGUGUCGUUUGACGGAGCGUUGUUGAUGGUUACCGUAUGGUGUUGUUUGUGUGCUGGCCAUGGAAUCUUCGGACCUGCAGGCCUGCGCUUGGAGCCUGACAAGGGGUGGGAAAAUGUUGGUAGUGCAUAUAGUGGUAUGGAUUGAUGGUGUGUUUGUGUAUGUGCGUGUGGUGUUGUAGGCGACGCGAUUUUUGUUUGCGCCGUUUUGUUUUAGUGUAAGCCGUGUAAGCCGUGUAGCGCAAGGGAUGUGACGAUGGGCACCGGCGACAUUAACAGCACCCUUGCAAGCCCAUCCAGUGGGACUGGCCACUAUGCCAACGCCGUGCCGAGGCACCGAUAUGCCCUGUCCCCGCCACGCCACGCCACCUUACCCACGCCACUUCACGGUCCAUGAUAUCCCAAAUGCACCUCACCCACAUCCCACUCAAGCACCGCAAACGGCUAGCCGGGCUCGGGCGCGGGAUCCCGGGCCGCGACACAUUUAAGGCUCGGGGACGCAUAGUUUGGCUGUUGCAAACAAUUUCGACAUUCUUGCCCCAAGACGCUUGUCGUCGACAUGUUUUGAUACAUGGAUGUAAGAUAUUUAGGGGCCGAGAGCUAUACUCGCGGACUGAAGAAAGUCAAGAUACAUGGAUGUAAGAUAUUUAGGGGCCGGGCUGAGAGCCUGAACGGCGCUAGCAGGGCGUGGGGCUGAGGGUGCACGUGUUGAUUGGCGGCGAGUGACGUGACUAGUUUGUUAGCUGCGGGUUAGCACGGACUGUGCACCCCACCCAACCGGCCAUGUCCGGAUUUGCGGGGAUGCCUAAGGCCCCCAACAUAGAGGCGUGUGCUUAGUAGGCGCCCGCGUCAAGGUGGCUGGGUUGAUAACGACCCGGGAUCAGCCCUUUUCCUGCCAUAAGGCAGCCACCUCCUUAUUGUUUGCGCCGUGUGGGUGUCACCGUGUCACCACGGUAUUCAGUGGAGACCUUUGGCAGGCUUGUCUGUUUUGGUCGUACCGUAUGUAUUAGCCGUUACCGGUGGCUCCAGAGCGAAAUCCUGCUUGUGCACGAGAUGGCCCAGUCAGGAGCUGGACCGAAGUUGCGUUAAGUUUGGGCGCCCAGGCGCAGAGGGAGGCAAGGAGGGUACAGGUCUGUUGGACCAUUCUGGUGAUAAAAUUUCAUUCAAGUGCAGUGAGGCGACCCGGGCUCGUCGGCCAGGGGAAAGGUGUAGCUGCUUGUACAGCUGGACAUGCCAUCACCCAUUGGCGAUUCAAGUGGCGAUUACGAUGCGCGUCGAGGAUUGAGGCCGGUUUGGCGCGAAAUGGCGCCAACGGCUGGACGAGCACGAUCAGGCAGGGCUUUGACUUUCCCGCCUGCCGCUUACGUUACCCUAAGCUUAUC